CUAUACCAGUGCCCUGAUCACCACCAUAAACCAUACAAGCGCCCUGACCACCACCGUACCCCAUACCAGCAUCCUGAUCACCGCAAUACCUCAUAUCAGCAUCCUGAUCACUGCCAUGCCCCGUACCAGCAUCAUGAUCACCCCUUAUGCCAUACCAGUGUCCUGAUCACCACCAUACCCCAUACCAGUGUCCUGAUCACUGCCAUACCCCAUACCAUCAUGAUGAUCACCCCCAUACCCCAUACCAGCAUUCUGAUCAUGGACAUACCCAAUACCAGCAUCCUGAUCACCCCUAUACCCCAU